AGUACAUCAUUGAAGGGACGGACAAUCGCAAUGUCUUUACUGGGCCAUGUGAGACAAGGACUUGCGAAAGCUCUUCAAAUCGCAACCGAUAAUCAAGCAUUCAGCGAAAUACCUGAGUGCUCAAUGCUAUCAACCGUCGACAAACUAUCCAUCAAGGUGGCCGAUCAAUUCGAUGUACUUCAUGCUACAGAGAAUUAUUUUCGAAGUGGGAAUGCGAAUUUUAUCGUAAAGUUUCUUGUAAGAAACGAGAAGAAGAAUAAGAACAUUGUGAUGACUGCUGACCUCACGGCAGGUCAAGGUUUCAUCGUGCAUAAUAUGUCUGGCACUCAUAUUAUGGACGUGAAACUUCCGAACAAAGCUGGCGAUACACUCGGCAAAAUUGUACAUCCUACACAAGUCACACUAUUCAAGGUUCUGAUCGCUAAUAAGGCAGCACAUGGUGGCAAUUAUCAGGUCUUCAAGGCGGGUACCGAUGAUCCAAUCAUCAUGGUUGAAAAAGUAUCGUUAUCGUUGUAUCCAGUUGCAAAAAUGGUUGGACUGUUGGAAUGUGAAUGCGUUUAUUGGUUUAGAAGGCCCGAUCGAACGAUUUUAGGCUAUGUUAGGCCGAAAGUUGUACUCAACGGUAGGACAGUGAUCAUCAAGUUCAGCGCCACACAAACCGAUUCACAGUUAAGAGCCGCAAUGUUGGGCACAACUUUGUUGAUCAUUCUCGAUGAGGUUUAUCCAGAGCUGAAACGGCUCCUCGAGGCAAGCAUUGAAGAGACGAAAUUC